GUCACUUUCCGCUCACUCAACUGAACGUUUCAAAAGUUGAUUUGUUAUUCCUGAUUUUGAUUUUGGGAUUCGAGCGUUGGACUGUAGCGGACCAAACCGAAAAACCAUCGUGCACAAACUUUGGGAUUCCAUAAAAUUAUGUGAAGAAAUAAAAAGACAUCCGCAUUUCUCAUCAAGUCCGGAUUGAAUUAUAUUUGGUAAACAUCACAUACCGUGAAAGGGGGUGUGGCAUAACAGUUGGAAUUUCCUAAAAAGGUAACCCACGGUCACAAUUCAAUCAAUGCCCAGUUUGCACACAAUAGUCUACGGAGUCGGGUUUAAACAAAUGAAGGGAAAUGAAGUAAAGACCUUUAUUUCACUGGUAAUGGUAGUUGUCUUGUUACUUAUCCCCAAAACAUCGGGUAACUUGGACGAAUUUUAUCGACUGCGAGGUCGACUCAUCUUUCAAGAGGAAUUUAACAGUUUGGAUAAAUCACGGUGGCAGCACGUCAUCACCGCCUGGAGAGGAGGUAACAACGAAUUUGAAUACUACACAGAUCGCCCUGAAAACAGUUAUGUUCGCAAUGGAGUUUUGUACAUAAAACCCACCCUGACGGCUGAUCGUUUCGGAGAAGAUUUCUUGUACAAUGGCACGUUGGAUAUGUGGAAAGAAGGAUGCAAUGUGAAUUACAACGGUGGAUGUAUCGCGACGUCUGCAGAGGACAUCAUCAAUCCAAUUCAAUCCGCCCGGAUGCGCACUCUCAACUCGUUCAGCUUUACUUACGGCACGGUCGAGGUACGCGCUAAAAUGCCCCGUGGCGAUUGGAUUUGGCCUGCUAUUUGGAUGAUGCCAACAGAAAACCGUUAUGGAGCGUGGCCACGAUCUGGUGAAAUCGAUAUGGUUGAAAUACGCUCAAAUGAUAAUUUAGUUUGUCAAGACCGACACGUUGGAAACAAACUCAUGGGCUCUACCCUUCAUUUUGGUACUGAUUCUAAACACAAUAUCUGGCGUCCAACUCACUACGAAGCGAUUCUGGAAGAGGGCGAUUUCACAUCAGAUUUCCACACUUAUGGAUUGCAACGCCUGCCGCGAUCCAUACGUUUCUUUGUCGACGGAAUCCUAAUUGGUGAAGUAACCCCACCGAGAGGGGGUUUCUGGGAAUUGGGGCAAUUGGAUCGAGAUCCCGGUGGACCCAACAUUUGGGGCGGUGGUAGUCCCAUGACGCCGUUCGACGAACCGUUUCAUUUCAUUCUGAACGUGGCGGUGGGCGGUAGCUACUUUCCGGAAGGAUGCACUAACAAACCGUUUCCGAAGCCGUGGUCCUCUAAAGAAAAGCAACCAAUGCGUUCGUUUUGGGAGAAACGUCACGAAUGGCUUCCAACAUGGAACAGACGCCGUAGAGGUGAAGAAGUAAGUAACGCGCUCCAGGUGGACUACAUCCGUGUCUACGAAUAUGCCCCAACUAAAUACAUGCCAAUUUAUGAUACAAGUGAUUGGCACUGGUAUUUGUGGGGCUUAAGCAGAAAUCCGUUUUUCGGUUAAACAAUGCUCAAUUUUAGAAGUCGACAACCCAUUCAAACCACCCUGUUGGUUCACAUUGUUUUGCCAACAUUUUUCCGGCAUUUUUCCACAUUUAAUUUUUCCAAUAUCUUUUUGCUUUAUUUGGUUCUCGAUCUUGGGAUCUUGCAUAUGCAAUCUAUCUUUAUUUCUGGACUAGUUAUAAAGAAUCUUCGGUGCUUAUUUCUUACGAACGUUUAAGUUUGUCUCUGGUG